AUGCAUUCCAAGACUUUGGCUUUGCUGUGUCUCUCGGCCUCUGCUCUGGCCACCGCCGAACUAGAGAAGAAGCAGUAUGGUGACAGCUCCGAUGACUACUACAACAGUCUCAUGGGAGAUCUCAAUAGCCUAGCCUCCGAGACCGACUAUCUCAACUACCUCACGGACUAUAGCGACAUCUACAGUGACCUGCCAACUGACUACCUGAGCGACUACACCGAUUAUCUGAGCGACUACACCCUGAGCGACUACAGCCUGACGGACUUCCCAAGCGCGACGAACCUGGGCGGGGGUGACAGCAGCAACACCGAUAGUGCUAGUAAGACAACUGCUGAUAGUGUCAACGUGCCUACUAUGACGACGGGUCCCACGGUGACAGGACUCGGCGAUACGCCCCCGGCCUCGAUCGAGUCUGUGCUCAUCACUGCGAUUCCGGCAUCAUUCAUGUCCCAAUUGAGCAACCCAUCAGCGCGGUCGUCCAUCUUCAGUGAAAUCGCUGAUGGCCACUACCCCCAGUGGUAUGCGGAUCUUCCUAGCAGUGUCAAGAGUUGGGUGUCAGAACACUAUGAGCCCACUGGAGGGUCUGGCAGUGGAAACCAUGGAAAUUCGGCACCGGUGACCGGAGUCAUGGCGUCCGGGGUGGCGGCUGCUGCGGGUGUGUUGGCCCUUGCGGUGUUACUGUAA